CCGGCGCAUCAGCGUUUGUCAUACAGCAUCGCUUCGCGAUGUUUGUGUAGUUUCUUAGUUUAUCGUUAUUUUUAGUUUUAAGGACCACUAAGUGGGUUGAUUUUGGUCUUCAAGAAGCUUCGCAGAAAUGGGGCGCUCACCAUCUCCGGGCCCGGCAACACGGCGCGACCGCAGAACCAAGGAAAAGGAGCGCGACCGGGAGAAGAGGAAGAAGAGAUCCCGCGAGAAGGAUGGCUGGGAGCGCAGCGACCGUCGACUGAGGUCUCACAGAUCACACUCGAGGAGCCGAGAGCGAAGCGAUCGUCCAGGACGCAGAACACCAGACUCGACAUCGUCCGGGAGGCGAGAAGCACGCGCUGGGCGGCGCGAUCAGCCGGGACCCUCGAGAUCGCGCGCUCGAGGCGGCGGCGGAAGUUCGGGUGGCGACAGGCCAUCCGUGAGCGAGGCGGAUCUCGAGGGGAAGAGCCCUGAGGAGCAGGAGAUGCUGCGCACGAUGGGCUUCUGUGGCUUCGACACCACGAAGAACAAGAAGGUCGAGGGAAAUAAUGCCGGCGAGGUUCAUGUGAUCCUCAAGCGAAAGUACCGGCAGUACAUGAACCGCAAGGGCGGCUUCAACCGGCCGCUGGAUUUUGUCGCCUGAUCAUGGGCACGAGGACUGCAAACUACCUGCAAUUUACCUGCCGUUAAUGAUUUCUCCAUUGAAUUCUACCGUUUACCUCGUUUAUUUGCACCAUUUUGCGUUAACUCUCAAUCAAAUAUCAAUCUCAGACGGAUAUUUACUGAAGUGACGGGUAUUUUUUCCAGUUUCCACAGAACCACAACCACAAUAGCCACUAACGACAAUAGUUAUUUUAUUUUACAGCAAUAGUUAUUUACAAUGUACAACCUCAGAUGUUAAAUUUUGCAAUAGUAUAAAUUUUUACAGGAAAUGCAGUCCUCCGGCGCGUGCCUGCGUCCGGAGGACUGCGUUGACAAAUCAGGGAUUCAAUUGGGUCACACACACUCACACCACAAAUCAAAUCCAAUGCCAUAGCCUUAAAGUCCAGACGAAGGAUACUCUUGUGUCCCUCCUGGAUUUCCACACACACACACACACACACACUGCAAUAGCUCAAUCAACAAAAAUUUAAAAAUAUACCUCACUAAAAGUUAAA